UGCCUCUCGUCAGUGAUUACAUACAAGCAUCAGCCCGACACACCUCGCAUCGCAAUUCUAAAUCGUGGCAGGACCCGACAUAUAACGAAUAUCCCGGAAGUGAUCGACGCAUUGAGUGCGAUGAACGUAUCGAUAGAGACGAUCGACUUUGAUGCUGGCUGCAACAUGCGAAGUACCGCCGAGUUGGUGAAAGAUGUUGAUGUGUUAAUUGCACCGUUCGGCAAUGGUCUAGGAGCAGGUCUAUUCAUGAAAAAAGACGCGGUUCUGAUUUCGAUUGCUUCAAGAUGGUAUAAUGAAGAUUGGUUCAAGUGGCCCAUGACAGCUGUCGGCAGACGUAUCUACAACUUUGAGUGUAGAAAUGCAAUAUGUCAAGAAUACGAUCGAUCGUUUCUUACCAGUAUACUCGACCAAUACAACUUGAAACUGAACGAAACGGAAAUACAAGCACUGCUGACCCAGGAGUAUCCUAUUGAACUGCUGUCGAAAUACAUUCCAGGCAGGGAGCGGGAAAUGAUUGAGCAGUACUACAAGGAUGUACGCCGACGGAUAGAUGUAAAAUCAUUUAUUCCCUUCCUGAAGGAUAUUCUA